GCUGUGAACUCCCAGACUGGAGUUUGCACUCCAGCUGGAGGGGUUGUCACCAGUUCAGUAGUGUUGCUUUCCUUGGCCUUCCUCAUGCCAGCCUUUUAUUACAUCCCCAAAGCUUCUCUAGCUGCUGUCAUCAUCUGUGCGGUGGCUCCCAUGGUGGAUUACCGUGUGGUGGCUAAGAUGUGGAAGAUCCGAAAGCUGGACCUUCUCCCCUUUUUUGUGACGUUCCUGAUGAGUUUCUGGGAGGUGCAGUACGGCAUCGUAGGAGGUAUAGCUGUGUCUGGAGCCCUGCUGCUCUACAGUAUGGCCAGACCCCAGAUAGAGGUGCGUUAUCUUUUUAUGUCUGUGUGCAAGCAGU